CUUCUACUAACCUGUAUGUAUGCUCUAAAAUACGCAAUCCAAUUUCAAGUAAUCCUACAUAAUACUAAUAAUAAUUUCUUCAGGUGGGUUAACUGCACCAUAGAAAUAAUAGGUGAUAACGGUGAAGAAUGGGGUGAGGUGUACGAGAAUUUUACAGGUUUGGGUGUACUUGGUAAUGUAGUUGAGGAUCGUGCUGAUUUUGGAAUAACUGCUUUAUAUUCUUGGUAUGAGGAAUUUCUUUAUAUGGAUUUUUCCGGUUAUGGUGUACGUACCUCUGUUACAUGCAUAGCUCCAUCUCCAAGACUUUUAGCAAGUUGGACAAUGCCACUACUACCAUUCAGUAUUUAUAUGUGGGUAGGGCUGCUGUUUACGUUCAUUUAUGAAGCGUUUUCAUUGUUCGUGGCUCAACAUUUUUCAGCGAAGAAAAUUUUUCUGACGACAUUCGGCAUCAUGAUCACGCAGUCUCAAAAUGAGUCCAAUUUCAAGUCGUGGAGGAUUCGUAGCGUGGUAGGAUGGAUGAUGCUCACAGGUUUGGUGUUAGAUAAUGCUUACGGUGGUGGACUGGCAUCUACUUUCACAGUACCCAGAUAUGAACCGUCUGUUGACACUAUCCAAGAUAUGGUGGAUAGAAAAGUAACUUGGGCUGCCACUCAUGACGCAUGGGUGUUUUCGUUGUCAGCGUCCCAAGACCCAUUAAUCAAGCAGCUAGUUAGACAGUUCCACAUUUAUGAGCCGGAAGAGUUGAAACGUCUAAGUUUUACAAGAAAGGUAGCUUACAGUGUUGAGAGACUACCGGCGGGUUAUUUCGCAAUUGGAGAAUACAUCGACGAUAAAGCAGUUCAUCACUUUACAAUUCUAGUUCAAGAUUUCUACUAUGAAUUAUGUGUGGUUAUGAUGAGAAAGAGCUCACCUUACACACUUCAAAUGAAUAAACAUAUUGGCAGGUUACAUGAGAGUGGUUUAAUGCUAGCUUGGGAAAGACAGAUUGCAUUAAGCCUACUAAAUUACAAGGUGCAGAUUGAGGUAAAAUUGUCAAGAUCCAAGAGAGAUGUCGAAACUAUAGAACCUAUCAGUUUCCGCCUUGUUCUUGGAGUAUUUGUUUUGUACGGCUUCGGAGUGGUUUUGGCUACAAUUGCUUUUCUCGGUGAAAUAAUUUGGAAUAAACGAAGAAAAUCAAAUUCGCGUGUGUAGAGUCUACUAUAAUCACCGUUUAUGAAGAGUAUUAAUUGUUUAUUUUAUUCUUAAUUAUUAUUAUGGUAGCUUUAUAUUAAAGUGAGUUAA